UUGAAAACUAUGACACAUAUUUUGCAAAAUUUAAGUCGAAACUAAUUUGAAAAAAAACUAAUGGCUAGAGAAAGUGAAGAGUAUAAAAACGCAAUAAAAGAUAUAGCAUCGCAUUCACACCAACUUGAGAGUCCUUUCGAUAGAGUACGAUGCGUCGAAUGGUGUAGAAAAUUAGCAGGACUGUCUGAUGAAGACUUAGAAUCAUGUAAAUUAAAAAACGAAUAUGCUCAAUUUUUAAGAAUUCAAGCUCGACAUAAAUUUUUACAUGGUCCAUUUACAUCGCCUCCACCUGACGGUCAGCUCAGUACUCUAUCUGAGUGCCUUGGAAAUCUAAUGGCCCAACAGAUUCCAUAUUUACCCCGCGUAGGACCCUUAUGUCCUGUUAUUCAUCACAAGUCACCAGAUGGUAGGGCGUAUGUAUCAACUAAACAAAUACCAGGAGGUGGUGUUUUCUGUUACAUGGCCGUUAGCCCAGACGGUUUAAAAUGUACAAUUAAAUAAUGAUUAAUUACUCUCUUCAUACUAGUCACUUUCUGAUAUACAUUGUAUAUAUUAUUUCGAAUAAAAAGCAAAAAAAUAAAUAAAUUCGGAUUUGUAGAACUGUGGGUUAAUGAAAUGGUUCUGACUCGAAUCAUGUUUACAGAUCCACCGAAACCAAUAUGUUGAAAAUAGUUUACGAUGGAAAAUAUUUAGAAACUUUUGUAUUACAUCAAAACUCACAAUUACUUUAUCUGGUUCUUCAAGCCUUUCAUAGAUCGCUGGUUAAUAUCCGGCUCGAAGGACCAUUAUUUCCUAGUGAUGUAUCGAAAAAAGGUUCUAAAAGAGGGAAUUUUCUCAAUAUUGAGGAUUAAGCGUUAAAUAAAAGAAAAACAGUGAAAUUUGAUAGAAUUUUAGUGAUCUCUAAUAACAAAUACCAUCGUUGACCUUUCGUUUUGUAUAAAUGUUGUACUUUAUCGAUUUGAAAUAUAUUUUUUUUCAUUUCUAUAGGACUUAAGAAUGAUUUAGUGAUCAAUAUCGAUUGCUGUGUGAGUUUUUUGAUCAACUACAUCACCAUCAGGAGAUAUCUGGUCCUGUGAUCUAUUUUGAAUGACCAUCUUGGAUUUGUCAUUAAAUUAUUAUAUAAUUAAAAAAUAAAAUAAAUGUUGUAUUAUACUUAUAUAUUUGACAUAAAUCAUAAAAUAUUUUUAAUAGAAUUCAUUCUGUUUGGCUAAUAUAACGAUAUUAUAUAAUAUAGGGAAAAAGGAAUACAUUAAAUUUAUUAUCACAAAACCGAUUUAAAUGAUUAAUCGAAGCUUAUCAGCUCGGCUGUUUGUGCUUCUCCAUUUGAUUGCACUUGAGGGCUAGCAGGCGGAGCUCCCGGCUGUUGAAACUGCGGUGCUACCUAGAAUUUAUACACAUAUUCAUUUCAUAAAAAUAUCUACACCCUAUACAUUUUAAAAACGCCAAUAGACGUGUAAUUUAUGAUAGAAUAAAACUAUUAUUUCAUAUACAAUCAAAAAUGUUGUUGUAUGUAGAUAAAAUACUUUAUCACUGAUAAGGCGAGGGCUGGAAGACUAAAAAACAUUCUUAUCGGUUAGUUUUGAAAGGGGAUGUUUGUGUUACAAAGAAAUUCUAGUUAAACCUGAAUUAAUAUGAUUAUUCAUAAUAAAAACUACAUUCUUAUAAACAAGAUCGAUUUCUAUAUUAGUAAUAAAAGUGGUGAUGUUAGAAUCACAUUUUGUGUACGUUUAAAUUUGUGAUUGUUGCUAUUAACUUCAUUCUUUUUAAUUGGAUUAUUUAGUUCAUUCGAAUUAUUAUGAAUUCGUCCGCGACAUGAACUGUGAAGCCGAUCCUGUUUAGUAAUGUUUAGUAAUAAGUCUUAUUGUAUAGUUUAGAAAAACAUCACAUUAUUAAAAUUAAGAAUUUGUUUCUUACAAG